GUACUACUCGUACUCGUACGUACAUGUACGUCAGGUACGGUGGCUAGGCGCGGAUGCAACUGAUGCCUACUUUCGUUUAGCUAGCUACGGAACUCUGACUGAAGUCUGCGAUUUCUGAUGAUCCUGUUUCUUAUUUACUCACAUUCAGCUGAGCAGAACUGCCUGGAAACUACAAUCGGCAAGUUGGAUCAACAUUACAUCCACUGGCCCCACAGAUAUUGUUGAAGAGGUUGCUGAUUUGGAGGAGGUACUGUACAGCGGUAUCAGUUUAUGGCAUCUUGAACUGGUAAGCAGCAAGAAUUUCCACCUCCAGUUUGCCCUUAUGAGAUACACCAUGGUUGCUUCUGAACUGUUGCAAAACUUUGGCUGAAUCUACUAGUCAACAGUGGAUUACUUCUCAUCCGGAAAAUUCCAGGCUUUUUGCCUUUCAUCAGCUACGAACUCCUCGGAAAGGAUACUUACAGUAAGCCGCUCCUUUCAGCUACUGGAGAUCAUCAGUCGAAGUUGCCACUUGCUGUGGAAAACACUGUUUUUUGGAGAUUCCCUCUUCUCUGCAUAAACUAUGGCACCGUCAUCGAGGAUAAGCCUUAGGGACGUCAGCUCGCACUGCCGCUGUUUCCUGUGGGUUUCGGCAGUACUGUGCCUAACAAGGACUGCCGGUGUGGUUGUUGCGGACCAAAUGAGCUCUGGCUAUGGCCGAGCGGAACUCUGGAAACCAGUGUCGCUGGGAGCCGGUCUUUCGGACGUAACGGCCACCGUUGGCAGGGUGUUCAAGUUCAGUGUGCCAGAGGAUGCGUUCAAGGGAGACAACUUAAGAUAUGAGAUUGCUGAGGCUGGAAGUGACAGUCUACCAUCUUGGCUUUCCUACAACUAUGACACACAUACUCUACGCGGAAUCCCAUCAGAAGCAGAUCUUGAUCAGUACUACAUGCAGGUCACAGCCAUCGGAAGGUCCUUCAACUCCAGCGCAACGGCCCGCGUGACCGACGUCUUCUCAAUCUCAGUCCUGCCGGAGAGGAGGGCUCCCUCUACAGCCGCUGUGCCCUUGAAGGAUGCUGCCGCAAUGAGUAAAUCCAGCUGUGGCGACAACGAAGCCAUGAUUGAGGCAACUGUCAUACUGGAUGCCAACUGGGACAAACUGGGAGUGGAGGAGCGCUUGAAGGUUGUCUCCAAGAUGUCGCAGCACUCCAGGCUCGGCAUGGACGUAUUCCGGUUGCUUCCCGCCGGCAGCAAGACCUUACUGGAUGGGUCCUUGAUGGUGGCAGGUCCUGGUAACGUCAAACGAGAGAAGCAUCCGGGUAUUGCCCUGAGCUGGAGAAUAGGCUGCAGCAAGACCAACAGCGUGGACAAGUUCCCAGUGGUUACAGUCUUGGAGACUGCCUCGAAAGAUGGCUCCAUGGCUAGCGAACUGAAGCAUGACAUUAUUGGCUGGCGGGUGACCAAUGACAGGCCGGAUAGGCUGAAGCGUGUCAGACGACAGGCUGAUCUCAUUGGAACACCUGUGCCGACUCCAAUGCCCACAGUCACCACCCCGAAGCCGACCACACUCAGAGACACUACAGUGGUACUGCCAACGACCACAAUGACAGUCUCACGUACAUUCAGCAUUGUGGAGCCCACUCCAUCUGUAGUGCCCACCAUGGUUCAACCAAGUGUUACUGUGAGGCCAACAAUCACAGCAUCUCCAUCCAAGACAGCCUCCCCUACCCCCACACCAAGCUCCUCCCCCACACAGCCCAAACCUACCAUGUCCCCAGUUCCCACUGCUGCCCCUACCUCCACAUCAGUCAUCAAGACACGUACUUCCAUGCCAGAGCCAACUCCUACUCCAACCCCAUCGACUGCCACAACUCCUGUUGUCAAAACCAGCACCCCGGUAUUAGUACCUACACCAACACCGUCAGUGACCAAACCCACAACCCCUAAACCCCCAACUCGUAAACCCCCAACUCCUCAACCCCCAACCCCUCAGCCCCCAAUCAUACCAACUACAAAACCACCAACCACUACAGUUACGACACCAAAACCGAGCAUUACCACCGCACCACAUGUCAACACCCCUCCAGAAAUCCGCAGGCGUCUCAAGCGUGUGGAUGCCAUGGAAGGGAAGCUGUUGAAUUUCCAAAUACCAAGAAAUACUUUCCGUGAUGCUGAAGAUGGCGACACCAGGAACUUGAACCUAGUAGUACUGACACUUGAUCACGCUGAGCUUGGCCAAGACUUCUGGCUCAAAUUUAACAAGAAGACACAAACGUUGAUUGGUCUCCCACUAAAGGAGCAAGCCCAAAAGAACAGAUACACAUUGGUCCUGGUGGCACAAGACAGCGAGGGUCUAGAGGUGCAGAGCGCCUUUGAGGUGGUGGUCACUGCGAUGUCCUCUUUAGAAGAAGAGAACCCACCUCCAGUCAAGAUGGGAAUGACGCUGGACAUUGACUAUGACACUUUUAUCAAUGAUCCCGCAUUACAGCUCUUAAUCCUCAACAAGAUCGCCAAGGCGUUUGGUGAUUCAAACGCAGAUGCGAUCACAAUUACUGAGAUCAAACGAGGGUCUGUGAUCAUCUCAUGGGUUAACAACACCCUCCCAACAGAUACCUGCAACCAAGAACUCAUCUUGGAGCUGCAGUCAAAGAUCAUGACUGAAGAUGGCAAGCCCACCCAGGCCCUAAUUGAUGCUUUCCUGCCAGAGUAUAACAUCACUGAAGUGGAGAGCUUGCCGCUGGGUGCGUGCGCAUCAACGACUCCAGCACCCCCAACGACAACAACGUCCGAUCCUGGUGCCGGAGGGCAAGAGCCACCGCAAGAUAUGUGGAUCAGCACCGUCCUUCCUGCCGUGGUUAUAGCACUUAUCCUCCUCAUAGCUGGCAUCGUAAUUUUCUUUCUCUACCGCAAGAGCCGCAAGGGCAAGCUGUCCGACGAGGACCAAAACACCUUCAUCAACAAGGGCAUCCCCAUCAUCUUUGCUGAUGAGAUUGAAGAUGGGGAGAAGCCACCAUCCUCCUCCUCGCCUCUCAUCAUGAAGACGGAGAAACCACCACUGUCUCCCCCAGAGUACACCGAGACUCAGCAACCACUGAUAACCAACCACGAACAGCCCGGAGGAGGGGAUGAAGAAGACAAACACAGCCUACCCAUGGUAGACAUGUCAGGCACCCCUUCGUAUCAACCCCCGCCUCCACUCUCUCCAUCUCCGCCUGAAAAUAGAAACAAUACCCCAUCCCGAGACAUCUCAAGCUAUCGAAAGCCGCCAGCAUAUGUCCACAUUCAGCCGUAGCCUUGUACACACGGUAGUUUCUCUCGGUCAACUUGUGGAAAGACAGUGACUUUUUUUAAACAUCUCUUUAUUUAAAACUGUUAAAGUGUUUUUCUUCUGCCUGCAAUAGACGGCAGUUUUCAAGUUGAGGAUUAGGAGUUUUGAAUCGAAAGUGUGGAAUUUGUCUUGAGGUGACCUGACCUUCGACGUUCCUAGCUAAGCCUAAGGCUGCAGUUUUACAUAUUGCAGGAUGUACAAUAUGUAGAAGCAUAGCAUCCCACCUUAAAUUAAUCAUAACGGCUUCUUUUGAUACAUUAUAUGUAUAAAAGUAUUUAUUAAAUGCAUUUGUGGGUUUUUUUCCCCUUCCAAAUUCAUUUACCGUAUGACGUAUAAGUUUGUAGUCCUUAGAUGUGAUCCAAUUUCAAGUUUGAUCCGGUUUUUGAAAAAACAUUAUUAGAAAUACAUCCUUUCUGAGACUAAGCUGCAUCAAACCCCAAUUUUUAUAAUUUGUUCCAUUUUGACUUCAUAUGCAGUGGGACAUAUAAACAAUGUGGAAGAACAUGUACUCACUGGAAAAAAAAACAGAAAAUGUGCUCAAAAUUAGUUAAAUGCAGAACAGAACUGCUUAGAAGAAAUAGUGCCUUGUCUUUCUGUUCAAUAGUGAUAUAAAAAUGAGUCACCAACAGUGAAUGUUUUUUUUUCUAGAUGUAGAAUUUGUCUGGCAUGUUUUACAAGACAAUUUCGGGGCCAAAAUGUAAAAAAAAAAAAAAAAAAAAGUAUAAGAAACGGGCACCGUGAUAAAUUGCUUUCAGUUGGUGGAUUCCAGCUUUAAGGCGCUUAAUGUGUAACAUGUAGUCAUUUUUUUUAAUGAGAAUCUAUUUGAUUGUUAUGUGAAAGUUUUAAGAAAAAUAGUAAUUUUGGCUUUCAAUUUGCCCUUUAUAUUUUUUAAAGAUUCAUUAAAAAAAAAAAAUAAUUUUAAGAAUGAGCAUAGAGAAAGAUGCAUUCACCCUAUGAUAUUUGCUGUAAUAAUUUAAAUGUAAUUUUUCACCAGCAUCAGAAAAUAUGGAGUUACAGGACACUCUUAAUUGAAAAAAAAAGUGAUGCAGAGCUGUAAGUUUUGAAAAAUCAUAAAGUUAUAAUACCAGCCCCUCUCCCGACCCCAUCGAAAUGAUGCAUGGUCCAAAGUUGGUACUUAUUAAUGAAAAAAAAUUAGCAUACGAAUUGAAAACCAUACUUACAUGAAUUUAAUUUUUGUUUUUAUGUAGCAUUUGUCUUCCUCUCUCGCAUGGCUAGAACUCUGAACGCUCAAGUUACUUGACUGAUAAAUACCCCCCAAAACUACAAUGCAUUGUAGAGAUGACCUUUAUUGAGAAGGCAAAUACUUUCCUCUAUAUUGAUAAUAUUGUUAACAAAAAAUAUCUAAUGUUCAAUAAUUUUACUGUAUCUGCAAAAAUAUAAACUGUUGGAAUGUGGAACAUUGCUGAGCAAAUAUUGGUACCGUAUGUGGCAUGCAACUCCUUCUUGGAUCAACUGAUUUCCUCCUUUUUUUCCACUUCUCUUGUAUCCUGUUAAAAAUUGAAGGAAAAAAAACUACAGAGAGUGUUGUAAAGCUUGGAAUUUACUCUCUUUUUUAUGAUUUCACAGUUGCAUGCCUUUGUCGAAAGUUUUGUCAAAACCGGUCUGAAUAAAACAAGGUUUCCAAAGAUACACAUGGUGGUCGAUGCCAAACUUUCUAAACAACAAAGUGGACGAUUACUGCAUGCCUAGUUUUGCUUCCUUGACAAUGAAGUUGUAAAAUACCGACGUGGCAGACCCAAAAGAUCACCAAGUCAAGAUGGCACCACGGGGCACCAGUGAAGCGUUAUCAUUUGGUAGCGUCUGCAGUGUGCAUUAGGAUAUUCCACUUGAUUGGCUUAAACUCGAGAGUUAAUUCAAUUGACGAGGCAAAGUAAUGAACGUAUUAAAAACCCAUUGAUGCAAUUAUAGUGAAGGUCAAUCUGCAUUGGAAUGCAAAGAAAAAAAUGCUUGCGGAUAUCAUUUGUCCAACCAAAUGCUGAUAUAUUUUGUUGUUACAAUGCAUUGACAAGAUUGGUACUGUAUUACUUAUUCAGAAAUAGUGUCGUUAGUUGAUUAAAAAAAGGCAAAAUAUCUCUGUAUAAAUUAAUGUUAGAGUUUCGUCCACACAGUUCAAUGAGGUCUGCAUCACUGCUUUAACUGAUGUGUAAUGGAACUUAUACCAUGUCCGCCUAAUGACACUGUUUCCAUCAUGAAUAUUAAAUAUUGAAAAUAUUUCAUUUAUUGAAUUAUGAAAAUUGCAUUAUUGUACCCCUUCCUUCCCCACAAUCAUUAGAGCAGUGCUACAAAGCAUCUGCAUAGAAGUUACAAUGUCGACGAUCUUUUUUAUAUAACUAUAUUGCAAGUGUGUACGGCAUAGAUAUUUUUAUUUGUAAUGUUGUAAAGCAUAUAGUUUUUUUUUUAAUUAAAUGCUGAAAGUUAAUGAGCUGUGUUUUUUUAUGCUUGGCAUUUAUGUUCCAGGGGGUGCAACAGCACGUCUAAGUACACAGUUAUUGUGGUAAUACCCCUGGAAUUGGAAUAGCCAGGAGCACUCAUGUACAUUUGAAUGUAUUAUUAUUAUUACCUCUGAUAUAUAUACCCAUUAUUUUAACCAUAAGCACUGCAUUUUUUUUGCAACGAGCUCGUGAGAUAAACCUCUGGUGUAUUUGGUGCUUAUUUAUAUAUUAGUGGAAUAUUCUCCUUGUAUCUAUACUACCUUGUUACAUUUAAAUAUACAUAGUUUUAACCUGUGUUUCACUUUUUUUUUGUUUUUAUUUUUUAUUUUUAUUUAAAUCUUGUGUAAAAUAUAUGCAAUUUACUAUGACUUUCAAGUAAUUUUUCCAUUAUAAAUGUGGGAAAGUGCGCACUUUGGCUAUAAAUUGCAUUUUGGGAUGAGUACUCAGUGCAGAGAAAAUGCAACUUAAAAAUACAUUUUUGUGGGGGGGGGGAUGUUUGAUAGUUUGUAAACUGAGGAAUUUCACACAGUUGUUUUGUUACAAACAUAUUUCUCCUCAAUCAUGGCAUUGUAAGUGGGGAAAAACUUAUACUGGUAAUUUUUUUUGUGAACGGAAGUGGGAGUUGAGUUUUUUAGUAUUUUCCCCAAGUACGAUACUCAUGGUUGGCAAGCAAUAAGUAAAAUACAUGUACUCAGACCAGAAGGGGGAAAUACCCAAAUCCCCCCUCCAUCACAGGAACAUGUGCACAUUUGGGGGGGGGGGGUUUAGGUGUUGGCUAUCCACCCCGUCCAUCUAAUCAAUAAUAAUUAACAUAUAUUAUUGGAAUAGAAGCCUUUAUUUCCAUUGAUGAAUAUUGCAAAUUUGAGUUCCUUGCUAAAGACCUUUUGGUCUAUGUAUGUGUUGACUUUAUUAAUUUAAAGUUAACAACUCAGCUCCCUUGUCUAAAUACUUAUAAAUUUGUACCGACAAUCCCAUGAACAGAAUAGGCAUACAGCAAUCUUUUUUUCUUUCUUUCAUAUACUCAUUGGGGUUAAUUAAAAUAAUUCUCUGAUGUCCAGUUUCUGGCAAGUGAAUUGUCAAUAAAUAUGACUACUGUUCAUUUGUUCACAACGAAGUGUAUGGAAAUUGAAGCUUCAAGCAUUAGAAAAAUCAUUUAUUAUAAACAAACCAACAUUUAAGCUUAUUGUACAUGUAUUCAAGAAAAACAAAGUGCUAUGGAUGCUAUGCAUAAUAUAGCCCACCAGUCUUUGUAUGCAUUGUUUAUGGUCUUUGAGAUAACCCUUUAGUAUUGAAUUUCAAACACGCAAGACCUACUUUCAUCUUUCAUUGUUUAAAGCAAGUACAAGCAAAUGCAUUUAAAUUAUAAUACUCUAUGUCGUUAAAGAUACCAACGGGUUAUAAUUUCCAACAGCUUACGAGUUGCAUCACAAAUUGUAGCACAGGUGUCAAAAUACUUUUUUCGCUCUUGAUUGAAGUAUUCCCACAGUGGGUAAGUUAUUUCGCGAAUGAAUAUUCAUAAAAUGCGUAAUGAAUUAUUCAUAUAGGAAUACACACUUUUGUAAAAAAAAAAAUUAUAUAUGAACCACUGUCUUGAUGUUAAAUGUUGUGUAAAUGCCAUUGUAGCACAAAAGAUCUGUCUUUUUUGUAUAAAAAAACACUAGUUAUUGGUCGAGCAAUAGUAGUACAUAAUUCAAUAUGCAAGGUGCUCAAAGUUCUUUUUAAAUAAUUUUAAUAGAUAAUCUCCCAGGAAUACUGUUUUCAUUUUCGUAAAAUCUUCGUGUUUUUUUUUCAGUCGUGCAAAUUCAAUUUAAGACGGAUUUGCCUGACUAUACAAAUCAAGACAAUGAAUUAUUUGUAAAUUUUUUAAACAGUCUCUCUUACAUUUUUUUAAUGCCUGCUUUUUAAAGACACGAUAGUGGAACUAUGAUGGCAAUCAUCGGAUCACAGAGUGCGAAUGUACCUUUAUGGUAACAAAACUGUGGAAAUAUUAUUUUGGUACCAGGUGAUAAAAAAAAAAGUGAGGACACGAACGAAUCAGUAAAAUGUACUUCAUAACUGUUAACCACGUCGUUCGUGAUUGUGGAUAUUUGUGGUGAUAUUAUUAAAUGUCAGAUAUUUUAACUAUCUUCUCUGUACAUGUAAACUAUGUUGAAGAUAUUACCAGUUAUAGACAUUUUUUGUGGAUAUACCUUGAUACAUGUAGCUAUUUAGUCGUAAGUUAACAAGAAAACAAAUCCGCUUCUUGAAUAUUGUGUAUCUCCGUACUUGCCUACAAGUUUGUAACGAUGCUAGCAGUGAAACAGUAUGUUAUUAAACAUGAAUUCUUUUGUGACAAACA